AUGAGAACAAAUGCUGGAUGUCGGAUAUCGGAUUACGACAUUGCUAGUUUGGUCAAAGAAGCAUUUAUAAAAGUAGCUCGAUUGGAUGUUGCAGUAUCUGGAUUCAAAUGCACUGGAAUCCAUCCAUUUGACAGAUAUUUAUUUUAUGACCUAGAUUAUUUGGCUGCAGAUAUGACCAAUAUACUACUAGAACAAACAGAAACUUCAUCGAACGCACUAUAUAACGAACAAGCUGUCGUGAUAUCAAACUUAAUCAUAGAAGAGCAAAUGAAAGUAUCUGAACAAUCUAUUAGUGAGACUAUAACCACAAGUCCCAAACCGUCGACAAGUUCUGCUCCAGAUCUUGUUCAAAUAAUCUAUAACUUAUCACCGUUGCCUGAAGCUUCAAAAAACGAACAGCAACUCGAAAAAGAUAGAGUGAACGAAGUGAAAUUUUAA